UGCUGACGUUUGAACAUUAAUGCAUUAUGAUGAUAAUAAUAAUAAUAAUAAUAAUACCAAAUAAUUAUAUAGUAGCUUUAAAUAAUUGAUUUAGAAAUAUUUAAUUUGUACAGAGAGCAUAAAUAAAACUAUGGUGACGCAUGAUGCAUCAUACUCUUCCAUUGUAAGGUUCUUUGGUGUGAGUUUGACAGCAGGUGCUGAUGCUGUGCCUUUAAGAGGCUGUUCUCUUGCUAUUGGUUAUUGCGUUUUAUGCCUACACCAAUCACAUGCAGAAUUGUACAAAGAGAUCUACUCCCUCCCCCACUGACAUUACAACGUUCAGUGCAAGCGGAGGCGAGGGAUGCUCUAAUCGCUCCGAUAAAAUGGAUUUUAACAUAUUUUUUAGGCAAAUGGUCAAGCUAAAUUGUCGUCGUGGUGGGAUCCCUAGCUUUUAUCAGCACGGUGAAUCGUCUGGAUUUUAAAUCAAAAUGGCAAAGAAAGUGGCAUUCAGAUGGCGGAGGCAUUAUUUGCUCUUCUUUUUUCUCUUUCUUCUUUUGUGGAGUACGACAGAAGGACAGACUCGCUACUCAAUUCCAGAGGAAUUAAAUGUGGGCGCUGUUGUUGGAAAUAUUGCGAAAGAUUUAGGUUUGAAAAUAUCUGAGCUGUAUGACCGUAAAUUGCGAAUAGCCUCUGAAUCAGGUAAGCAGUAUUUCAGCUUGGAUUUACGCAGAGGAGAGAUAGUAGUUAAUGAGAGAAUCGACAGAGAGAUCCUUUGUGGAGAAAACGCAAAUUGUCUGUUGCCUCUUCAAAUCGUUAUCGAGGACCCUUUACAACUUUACAGAGUGGAAGUCGACAUACAGGAUAUUAAUGACAAUUACCCUCAUUUUCAGUCGACGGACCGCGUUUUAAAAAUAGCAGAAUCCACUGUCCCUGGCGUGCGCUUUCCUUUGGAGAGCGCAGUAGACCCAGAUGUAGGCAGUAACUCUUUGAAAUCGUACACGCUGAGUAAAGACGAAUGUUUCAGUUUAAAAAUAAAAGAUCUUGGUGAUGGUCGAAAGCUACCAGAAUUAGUUCUGGAGAAACCUUUGGAUCGCGAGAAGAAACCGAUGCAUCAGCUGAUGUUAACUGCCUUAGACGGAGGGAACCCGGUUAGAUCUGGAACGUCCCAAAUUAAUGUCACAGUGCUGGAUAUCAAUGACAACAAUCCCGUAUUUGAGAAAAAUGUUUACAAAAUAGCUAUUGCUGAAAACACUAAACAAGGUACGACAUUUCUAAAAGUUGAAGCAAAAGACUUGGACGAAGGUCAAAAUGGAGAGAUAAAAUAUUCCUUAGGAGAGCACACAUCUGAUGCUUUGCGCUCGUUGUUUCACAUCGAUGAGAAAACCGGGGAAAUAUUUCUAAACGGGGAAUUAGACUAUGAAACCACUCCUAUGUACAACAUUGAGAUACGUGCCAGAGACAGAGGUGUCCCCGAAAUGGAGGGCCAUUGCACAGUAAAAAUAGAAGUCUCGGAUAUUAACGACAAUCCACCGCAGAUACUGCUUACGUCUAAACCUAGUCCUGUGCGCGAGGACGCGCCAAGCGGGACAGUUGUAGCGUUAAUAAGUGCACGGGACAUUGACUCUGGUGAAAAUGGAAAAGUCAGACUACAGACACAGUCUGACCUUCCAUUUAUUUUAAAACCAUCUUUCUCAAAUGAAUAUUCGUUGGUUACAAAUGGUGUUUUAGACCGAGAAUCGUUCCCGGAGUAUAACGUGGAAAUCACUGCAUUUGACUCAGGCUCUCCGCCUUUAAGUAGCAAAACAAUAAUUCCAGUUAAAAUUCUUGAUGUUAACGACAAUUCCCCAAAGUUCUCUGAUAGCGUGUAUUAUGUGUACAUAACAGAGAAUAACUCUCCAGGCUCUAUUAUCUGUUCAGUAUCCGCCCAAGACGUUGAUGUCGGAGUAAAUGCCAAAAUAACAUACUCCAUUGAGAACCCUAAAGUUUGGGAUGCCCCAAUAUCAUCGUAUAUGUACAUAAACUCUGACAAUGGAAGCAUAUUUAGCAUGCAUUCGUUUGACUUCGAAAAAAUAAAAGUGUUUGAGGUUAUCGUUCAAGCUAAAGAUCAUGGCUCUCCAUCUCUAAGCGGUAAGCCACAGUGUAUGUGUUUAUUUUGGACCAGAACGACAAUGUUCCCUCUGUCAUUUACCCGUCCGCACUCAUGGGGUCUCUCUCUCAUCAGAGGAUGCCCCGUUCUGCUAAAGCAGGACAUCUCGUUACUAAGGUAACAGCAGUGGACGCGGACUCGGGUCAUAACGCCUGGCUCUUCUACAGGCUCGCGGAGGCCACGGACGCGUCACUGUUCAGUGUGAAUUUACAUACGGGAGAGGUGAGGACUAAACGCGCUGUUUCAGAGCAGGAUGACUC